UACAGCGGGGGAGGGUUGACUUGCUUCUGCACUGCACCCGCUCUCUGCCGGACGGCGGGAGGUUGGCGGCUGCCCGCGGACCCGCAGCAGAAACGAGGCUUGCAGAUGCUGGACUGCGGAUGCAGAAGCCGGUUUACAGCGGGGUCAGUGAGUGGCGGGUCGGACUGGCGGGGGGACCCGGUGCAGACUCUUGGCGGCAGGUGGUGCCCGACAAGCCCGGGCCCGGCUAUGAUCGAGGGUUGGAGAUGCCGCGGAUGCAGGAUCCGGGGGCACAGGCGGCUGGGAGUCAGGACUUGGAGCGGGAGCCUUUAAAGUCUCGGUGUUAAUCACCACAAUUGGUGAAUGCUUGUCACCACCAUGGCUGAAGGUGCCAAAAGGAGGGGGACUUGUGCAUCAAAGAAACACAGAGCUGCAAAGUCAAUGAUCUCUGAGCUCCUGGCACAGCUGGACGAUUACCAACUGUUCCAGCUGACAAAGUUCUACCAGGAGAGACUGAAACAGGCAAUUGAAGAAAGGGUUGAAGGACUCAGCUUGAUGUUAAGAGAAGAAGGACAUUUCAGUAGACAAGAACAUGAGAAAGUCACCAAGCUCGCAGAGCAGGGAAACAGGACAGAUAGCUCCACUUUUUUCCUCAGUCUGGUGAUGGGGAAAGGUUCCAGGGCCCGGAAGGUGAUGUGGGAAUCCUUUGUGAAAAUGCAGAAUCACUUACCAAAGUUGAACAAAAUACUGAAAGAAAUCCAGGAGCUCGGUCCUGAUCCAUGUAAAUACAUGAACAUUGCCCGAGGUUUAUCCGAAUUACCCACUCAACUGAAAGAUGUUCAACAGAAACACAAGGAGACUCUGCGGGCACAAACCGAAACACUGAGGGUGAACACAAUCCUGAUGAGGGAGAAGGUGAAGGUUUUCCAGCUGGUUGAUCGAUACGCUGAGCUCACGGUCAUUUCUACUGUUCGAGAUCGGAGUCUUGUGGAACACGAGCUGCUGGCAAGAGGCCGCGACCAUGACGAAUGGAGAGAGAAAAAUCUCCGGGGAGAGCUGGAAAAAAUCCGGACUGAUCAAUUGUUCCAGAGCAGCUUUUCCCGGAGUAAAUCCAAAUCUGGGAGUUCGGCAGCAGUGGCCGGAGUCCCGGGGAUCGGGAAAACAACCAUGGUGCAAAAGAUUGUUUAUGACUGGGCCACGGGGAAAAUAUACCAACACUUCCAGUUUGUCUUCAGUUUCAGAUUCCGGGAUUUAAACUCCAUUAACUGCAAAAUAACUCUGAGGAAUCUGAUUCUGGAUCAGUAUCCUUACUUUGGGAAUAUUCUGGGAGAUGUCUUGAAGAAGCCAAAGGGAUUGCUGUUUAUAUUCGAUGGUUUGGAUGAAUUCAAGCACAGAAUCGAUUUUGCUGACAGUCGGAGAGACACAGAACCUCAGCACAUGUGCCCAGAUCCCGAGUGGUGGUGUGAAGUGUCUGACAUUGUGUACAGUUUAAUCCAGCACAAGCUGCUCCCAGGGUGUUCAGUGCUGGUGACCACCCGUCCCACUGUGUUACAUUUAUUGGAAAGGGCAGAGAUCAGUGUCUGGGCUGAAAUCCUGGGAUUUGUCGGUGAGGAACGGAAGGAAUAUUUCCACAAGUAUUUUGAAGAUCAGACGGUGGCAGCAGCUGUUUUCAAACAUGUGGAGGAGAAUGAGAUCCUGUAUACCAUGACCUACAACCCCUCCUACUGCUGGAUCCUUGGUCUGGCACUGGGCCCCUUCUUCACACAAAGACACAGGGAUCCGCAGCGAGUUCCCAAGACCAUCACCCAACUAUAUUCCCACUAUAUUUACAACAUCCUGAAAAACCACGGCCGUGAGAUUGAAAGCCCCCGUGAUGUGUUACUGAGGGUUGGUCAGAUGGCCUUCACAGGAGUGUCCAAGAAGAACAUUGUGUUUAUAGAUGGAGAUUUGAUUGAGUACAAUCUGCAGCCUUCUCAGUUCCUGUCCAGUUUCCUGAUGGAACUUUUGGAGAGAGAGGAUUGUGCCUGGAGUGUGGUGUACACAUUCCCACACCUCACCAUGCAAGAGUUUGUAGCCGCACUCGCACAAUUCCUGACUCAAGAUCCCAGGGGUAUUCAGAAACUCCUCACUGAAGCCCACAGCACGACAGAUGGGCGAUUUGAGGUAUUUCUCCGUUUUGUUGCUGGUCUCUCCUCCCCAGGGUCAGCUCGGGGCCUGGAGGAGUUUUUGGGUCCAUUUCCUCAUCAAACAAUCUGUCGAGUGAUUGACUGGAUAAAGGAAGAAGUUAAACGCCAGAUCAGGUACACAGGGAGUGAAGCUGGUAAAAGGAGGCUCCUGAACACACUGCACUACCUGUUUGAGUCACAGAACCAUUGUCUGGCUCAGGCUGCACUGGAAUCUGUGAAAGAACUUUCAUUUUGUGAAUUGCGACUGACCCCGAUUGACUGCGCCGUACUGUCUCAUGUCAUGGGGCUCUGUGAUACGAUAAAAUGCCUCAAGCUGUGGAACUGCCACAUUCACUGUGAAGGACUCCAACGGCUGGGAACCAGGCUGCACAAGUGCCACGAGUUGGGACUUGGGAACAACGAAUUGGGAGAUUCAGGUGUGAAAUUGGUGUGCGCAGCUCUGAGGAACCCGGACUGUAAAGUACAGACACUGGAUCUGCGUGUUAAUGGUCUCACAGCUUCUUGUGCUCAGGAUCUCGCCUCUGCACUUGGUACAAACUGCUCACUGAUAAACCUGUACCUGGGCUUUAAUCAGCUAGGAGAUUUGGGGAUGGAACAGGUGUCUGUCGCUCUUGGGAAGUUGGACUCUAAAAUAGAGAGACUGAUUUUAAGGGGUACCAGUCUCACGGAUGCUUGCACUGAGAAACUUGCCUCUGCUCUCAGUACAAUCCCCUCGCUGAAGGAGCUGGACCUUGGAAAGAACUCUUUCACAGACCGAUCUGUCCCUGCUCUCCAACAUCUCAUUCGAACCUGCCGGAGUCUGCAAUGGAUUGCGCUCGGGGUGGAUCAUCAGUUCAGUCCAACUGGGGAGAAGGAAUUAAGGUCGCUGCAGGAAUCCAGACCUGGACUGAGUUUGGAAAUGUGAACAUCUCUGCCUUUGUUUCUUCAUUCGCAGGUGGAGAGUGCCUUUAAACCACCUGAAGGGCAGGACAUGGAAUUGCCUGACCUGGAAAUCGGAGACUCGGUACUGAUACGGGAUUGGGAGCGCCCUAAACUGGGACCUCGGUGGAAAAGCCCCUCCAGAUACUACUCCAAACACUGACAGCCGUGAAAGUAAAAGGCCAGGAACGCUGGAUUCAUCUGAGCGACUGUAAACGAUGGCCACCGGAGGAAAGCUAAUACUUCUUAAAUUCGGACUCCUUACCAUUACCAGUACUCUUGUGUGGGAGUUAGAGGAUAAUUUGUUUUACAAAAUACAUAUGCAGUUACAUGGGAAUCGCACCAUUUGUUACCCCUUGGCAGAGUCAGUGGAAGGCCUUCUUGUAGCCACACCAAGCUGGAGCCCCAGGGCCCUCUUAAAGUAUGAAUUUUCAAAAACAAAGUGUGUUGGGCAGACGGGAACUUACAGGAGGGUGCUAUCGGGUAAAUGCUUGCAAGGAGCAGUUACAGGAGCUAGUAGUACAACCCACCACCAGUAUUUCUCCCACUGCUUCACCGGCAAAGGGUGGGGUUGUGGGCUAGCGAUUGUACAACAUAUGAUAGCAUGCACCACCACUACCUGUACAGAGAGGAAUUGUGGGUUUAAGGGGGGAUGGUUUAGCUGUGAGUGCGCUGCCACUAGGUGUGUUACGUUACUCGCAGGAGAACGAUGGGUUUGUGGGGAAGGGAACGGGACCCACGUGAGAUUGUCUAAUGUCUCUUUAGAAUGGCGAACCAGGGAGAAUUACCUGAGGGAGCAUGGGAGAAAUGUUGCUGGGAUCUCUUGGUAUUCUCAAAUGCCCAGUCCACGGCAAUCGGGUAAUGUAACCUGCUACCGGGCUAAGGAAGGGUAUGUGUUCCUCUUUAAUGGCACUUACACCACAGCCACCUCCACUCUGCCAGCCUGGUUUGCAAUGGGAAUGAUCAGGCCGGUCAUGGUCCCCUGCCCCCAGAAGGCUCAUGUCCAAUGAAGACUUGUGGUGUGGUCAGUUAGUGAGGAGUUGUGUGAGGAUUGGAGGGAUACUAUGUCAUUGGGAUCUCCCUUAGCAUAGUUAGACUGUGGAUUCCUGAGUACUCUCUGGGGGGUUCGGCAGGAACUAUAGCCGCAAAAAACCGGAACUACCUUAUUUGUGGACUGGCUGCACUGGGAAACAGUACUAUGGAGGGCCUGAAGGCAGUAAACCGGGAACUGGCGGAGCUUCGACUUUAUGCCCAGCAGACCCGGUAUGCUGUGCACUACCAGUUGACUCUGCAAGGAGGAGUAUGUGCCAUAGUUGGGGAGAAAUGUAUCACCAACGUGAGAGAUGAGUCCUACAACAUCUCCCAUGCCAUUCAGGACAUUCAGAAGCAAGUAGAUAGCUUUAGGCAGGGACUUAUAGGAGGGACAAGUCAGUUGGGCUGGCUACUAGGAGGGUCGUGGGCAUCAUACCUGCUGCAUGCAGCUGUGGGACUAGUCGUGAUUAUAAUAGUAUGCUGUGUGGUGCUGGCCUGUCUAAAUACAUGUUGCAAGGUCCUUAUUAAUAAGCUCUCGGCCCCGUUCUCAGCGCUGCUCUAGUUGAUUAUGAAAUGAUAAAAAGGAGGGAAUGAGGAAGUGAAGGGUUAAGAAUUGCAACCAUACCUAUAACUGGUAAACAAAAUAUAUAUAUAUAUAUAUAUAUAUAUAUAUAUAUGCAUUUAUAUUUCUCUAGCAAGGACUAGCAAGCUGCUGACCCACUAGUUAAGUUGGAAUGUUAAGUAUGUGCCUUUGUUUUGGGUAAUGGACCAUUCCGAUAUGUCAGACUGUGGCGAUACUGGGUGUAAUUAACAUCGAGGUGGAGGUUUGUUCUGAACAACGAAGGGUGAUACUUGCCUUUGAAAGCCUUGAUUAUAACUCAAUUAUACUAAGACAAGAGGUGUGAUAGCUGUCUCAGGAUCUCUAUAGCUUGACUGAAACUCGCGGCGCCAUUUGGAUGGGAUGUGCGUGACAAUUCCUGUAUAAAUGUCUGUCUGCCCUUUGUGCUGGGAGACCUCGGGAAGCGACUCUCAGUGAGUGCUGAAGCGAAGUCUGCUAGCGGUGCACUGCUAAUAAAGGUAUUUGUUCAAAUCGACUUCGUGACACUGUGUUACUUACAGCGGACAGAAGGGGAAAGUUAAUUUCAGGAUGACAUCAGCUUCUAUAAAAUUGCAACAGGCCGUCUUAACUCUGGUACUCAAGUCAUCUUGAAAUAAAUGCUAAUCUACCACUUGGCUUCCUUGUGUACAAGUACUCGGGUUGCUCUCAAUAUCACAUUUAUCAAGUCAUACCAUUUUAAAAUCAUGCACUUUUCAGUUUUGUAACAAUGUAGGCUCACUUCACAUCUUUUUCACAUGAUGUUCCAUUUGCCUUACUUUGCCCACCUUGCCCAUCUCACUCAAAGCUUCUUUACACUCUCCUCCCUAAGCUCAGUCCCAGUUAGUUUUGUAUAAUUGGUAGGCAUGGAAAUAUGCCAUCAGUUUAAUCAUUAAUGUAGAUUCUGAAUGGCUUGGGCGCCUAACACCUAUCCCUGCAGUAGCCGUCAGUCACAAAGUCAAAGUUGAGUGUAUUGUCACCUGCACAAUUGCAUGAAUGAACAAGUGCAAUGAAAAUCUAACUUGCUGCAGUAGCAGCAUCAUCACAGGUGCAGCAUUCACAAGAAAAAACAUCAACAUAAAUUAUCCACAAAAUGCUGGAGGAGCUCAGCAGGUCUGUGGAGGGCAGCAUCUAUGGAGGGAAAUAAACCUUCCACAUUUCAGGUCAAGACCCUUCAUUGGCCCAGCAUUUUGUGUGUUUUGCUCCAGCUUCCAGCAUCUUCAGAAUCCCUUGUGUCAACAUAAAUUAUACACAAUUUUUACAAGAAAGAACACAAAUUAAAAUGAACAAAAAACAUUUUAGUGCAAGUUGCUAAACCAUAGGUUUUAGGUUGUGCUGGUUGGUUCAAGAGCCUGCCAACCUGAGAAGUAUCCUUUUGUUUUCAACUUUUGCAUUCUGUCCAGUGACCAAUUUUCAAUCCAGGUAAGGAGAGAGUUAAAUUUUCCAGAAGUUAUGUUUGAUUCUCCUUAGUGUGUGCAACAAUGUAUGGUGUCAGCUCAGAAUUCAGUGAAUGUUUCGAGAACAGACUGGAGUCCUGGUACCCAACCUUGGGGUGUAGGUAACGGUGAAUGGUGAAAAAUGUUCUUUUUUCUGCAAAACCUGACGUCUUGGUCUUUAAGUUGUGCCCAGAGAUAAGAAGGUACCACUUGGUACCAUGGAAAAGAACUUGGGUCAGGGGUUUUGAAGGGUAUAAGAAGCUGCUCCUUUUCCUAAGCAGAAUGUACUUCAGGCUGAGGUUGCGACCAGUGCUGAGAGACUGACACCAGGCAGAGAGAGAGAAUUGCAGAAGAGGCUGUUCCCUCCUGCAUUCUAUCAGAUCGAUUCAUUGACUGAAUGGUGGAUAAGUAUUCUUUCCUUCUGUAUUUUAGUGAAAUGGUUAUUGA